UUAUCCAGUAUGCAAGGAAUAGCUAAAAUCCCUGUUGAAAUCAGCAAGACUUUGGAUGAGAAUUAUAAGGUGAUCAAGGAUCAAUUCAAAAAUGAAAUGCUCAACUAAAUGAUUUAUAGUUUAUUAGAUCAAGUAAUUUGAAAUUGAAAUUAUAGAAACAAGCACCUCAUAUUCGAUUGCAAUUUCUAUACAAUAUUCGACAAUAAGAUUAGAAUAUGUGCUUAUCUGAUCUAUGCAUCAACCAACUAGAAUUGAACAUAAUCAAUAAUAUCAAAUAUGUAUUCAAAUUUCAUUAUGAUAGAGUAUGGGUAAUCAUUAGAGCAAAUACUAAGAUAAACAGAUUUAUUAAACUAGAAUAAAAUAGAGUUUUCUUGUGAAUUCAUGAGACCAAUCCCCAUCAUAUUUAAUCAUUAAAGCUUCGAUUAUAUUCAAUUGGAUCUGACUCAUCAAACUGUUUGGGACUACUCCAUUACUCCAUUGAUGAGAUUUCGCCAUAUAUUGUAUUAAGCUUAAUGUACAAAACUGUAGCAGGGAGAUCAUCAACUUAUUGUUAGUCUAUUCAAACCAGAAUAUAAGAUUGAUUGGAAUCAAUUCAAACUUUUGGUUGAGUAGAAUCCAUAAUUAGUGAGUGAUCUCAUAACAAAAUUAUAUCAAUUGGGAGUAAAUGCUAACGAGUAUAUUUAAAAAUGAUUUUCUUAGAUAUCUAGACUAUUUAAUUUAGAUUAAGAUUAGUAUUCAGACCUUAGAAUUAGUGAACUAAUUAUCAAAGAGCAUAAGUCUACCAGACUAGUUUCUUAAUAGGUUCAUAGCUAAGUGCAUAGUAAAUUGUGAAGAAUACAAAAUCGUAAGAUUUUAAUUGAUUAUAUAGAAUUAACCAUAACAAUUGACUAGAUAAGUGAGAUUGGUAUCAGUGUUUAUCCGUACAUUGAUUAAAUAAAAGACAUUUGAUCCAAAAAAGAUUUAUGUAGAAUUGCAAGGGUUCUGCUUAGAAUUUUCAUCCAUUCUAGAAGCAACUCAAUUAUUUAAGACUAUAAAAAAUGCAGUACAAGAAUAAUGA